AACUUGACAAAUACUCAUAUAACAUUAAUGUGCAAUAUAAAUUUCCUAGACUUGUCAUGACUUAGUUAAAAUGUAAAACGCUUAACUAAUAGGGACACAGCCAAUUGUUUCACCCUGGCGGUGGAGCCGUGAACUAUCAGCCGGCUUGUGGCAGCAGGCCAGGGUGAGGGAACACAGGGAAGGAGGUAGUCGCUGGGCAGCUCUGGAAGCGGGUGCUUCUGGCUGUGUCUGUUAACAUUCGUCCACUUUAUUAAGUAACAUCUGGAGUGGUGGCAUUACUACAAGUGUUGAAGAAUGGCAAGGUGUUGGACGCCAUCCUGUAGUCAGACGAGGUUGUUGCGAUCUUUGGCAUUGCCACCACAAUACUCCAGAACUCAACAAGGCAAUGGUGAUGGAUCCUCAAGAGUCUUUGAUUUCAUCACCAUGGUUCUGUGUGUCGACGCGGGCCGAGGCAAGAUGGCCGACGGUUUGGAGAGUGGCGCUGUGUUGCCAAGCGUUGGCGGGGCUGUUCCCUCCAGCUCAGAGAAGCUAGACAAGAUCGAUUUAUCAGAUAAUGCAGCAGAUGGCACAGCGAGCAGAUCGGAUGGAACGGCGGUCCCGGGAGAUGAGAUGAAACCGAUGUCACAGCACUCCGCAUGGCAAGGACAGCGGGCGAACAGUAGUCGAGUAGUUGGCAUGGCAGAAUGAUAGACACUCAAGACGGUGGGGGACCCCAACCUCGCCCUGCAGGUGAUGCAGGACUGGAGUCUUGCAUCGCCUGACGAGAGCUGCGCCCGUGUCCUGGGGGAACUGCAAGAGACCGUCGACGAGCGUUGUGCCCGUGUCAAGGAGGAACUGCGGGAGAAUGAUCGACAUCGAGGCAGAUCGGUGAAGCAAUGCCUCGCUGGCGAAGAAUUGGCGGAAAACCAAGGGGACGCGUGGGGACUGGUGCGGGCCCUGUGCUCAGUUCCUGCUCUGGAAGGUGGGCUUGCCCUCCCUCGCCCACCGCAGCAGCGAGGAUGGGGGGACAGUAGGGACCGUGGGUCGCUGCUUUCGUCCCCAAGGACCGGCCACAGGUGGAAGUCAGCGGAGUUCGACGGCAAAGUGCCCUAGGAGGCAUACCAGACCCAAUUCGAGAUAUUUUGCGGACGUCCA